AUGGAUGAACCUAUUCCCGCAGAUAAAGACUACUUGGUCGAGUUUCUUGACCCUCGCGUAUACGACUCUUCGGGUGCAAGAACGCCCGUGUCUACCCCUAAUGGAACCGGCUUUGCAACUACUUGUCGUGGCUGCAGCACCGGCAACUAUUCUCAAUGUAAUAACUGUGCUGGAAGUACGCUAGGUGGCUCUUUUCACAAUGAGAUGUUUCUGCGCGUAAAGGAGGAAAUCAAUCAGGCAGAUCUCAUUUCCGAUGACAUUCUGCACUUUGGUCCUGUGCUGGACCUUCCCUUGGAUGCGCCAGUCGAUGGGGUUGACCCAUUUCUUCGCUUUGACGAUAAUUCUGAUUACUUGUACACUCAUCAGCCUGAUAUGGACGUUUCCGAGAGUGGAAGUCCCAGCGAAACUAUGAUAACUAGAGCUACUAGCACGAACAGCUUAAGCUUUGCACUUGGUGGUCUCAGUAGUGAGGGCCACCGUCCAAUGGUCAAGACCGAGUCUGGCGAUCUAGAUGUUUUCACCGGCGGCCUGUCAUGUAACACUCUGCCACUGUCUAUCUUGGAUGACCAUGAAGAAACACGAAAAGAGCUUGCCAAAGUCAAGUUCGGCAAUCCAAACAUGAAUCCAUGCCCACCCACCAUUGACGUCAUGGAUGCCUCGUCUGUCCUCGACUUCCUGCCAGAAACAAUGGCCAAGAUGCAAUACCAGCUAGAAGUUCUCGAUCUUCCUCUGCAUUCCAGAGUUGAGACACAGAUUAAACUCAAGUUCAAGUUCAGCCCAGCACCCAGAGAAUUACUUUUGCAUGUUCCCCAAGACCUCAUUUCGAAAAAUAAGUUUUGUUUGGCCGAUCCUGUGGAGACACUUUCAGAUACCUUGAGAAGCAAUAUGUUAUUCAUGGACACCUAUGUCAUGACCUCUGAUUUGCUGCAAUCUUGUAGAGUGUGUUCCAGAUGUAUCAAAAGAGAACAGAAGCGUGCGCUGAGACUGAAAGGUAGCGAGAACAAUAAUGAUGAAGAACAAGUUGUCAAACAGUCGGCAUCCUCCACGCGUAUCUCUGCCUUGGCAAACAACGCUUGUGUGGCAAACCCAUGGGAUAACGAGCAAAUGGUCAAAAAGGCCAUUAUUUACAAUUGUAAAGAAAUUGUCAGUUUCCUGCCUCCAAGUGGUCUACCAGAUGACCAGUCCAAAUUGUUGAACUUUUCUGCUAGACUUAUCUGCUACUGUAGACAUCACAAAGAGGCUAAGGGCUUCAAGCUUUUAGUCGUUGUUCGUGAUUACUUGGGCAAUAUUAAGGGUAAAUGUGUCUCGGGUCCAAUAAUGAUUAUGGACCGCAAGAAGACCCUGUCUGCCUCGAGCAGAUCUGGUGUCCCAACUCAGAAUGGAACCAUAGGGUCCAUGACUCCUGGCGCUCGUCCCGCAAGCUCAAAUGGUGCAACUCCUGCUUCUCAGCGUCCCUUGGGUAUGUGUACUGAUGCACCUCUCAAUCCGUCCGACUUGACCAGCUUGCAUCCUUUGUCACCAAACUCCAUUGAUGAUCUGACGUCAGAUCUGGCGGCACGUGGACUUAAGCGUAAGAAGAUGAGCUACGACGAUCUGUAUAACUCAUUCUCGCCAGUGAGCAAUUCCGAUACUAAUGCAUCUGUGCAUGCUGCUUCAAUUGGUGGAAAUCUCUCAGGAUAUAAUAUGAACGGUAAAGGCGGUGUUCUGCACAUCGCCCCCUCGACCCUUCCCAGAGUUCACCUGCAACAACAGCUUCUGUCUCAACUGCAACUUCUGCCUAACGAUACCUCACCAUGCAUCCAGAAGAUUAUACCCGCACAGGGACCUUGUCGUGGUGGUAUCGAAGUGACUCUUUUGGGAUACAACUUCCGCCCUGGUCUUAUUGUCAAGUUUGGUGCUAAGAACGCCUUGGCCACACAUUGCUGGUCUGAGUCAACGAUAGUGACAUACUUGCCACCUUCCGCACAUGCUGGUCAAGUGUUGGUUAGUUUUGAGAAUGAAGUUAUUGAUCAAGCAGCAAUUGCGCAAAACCAGCAUACGGUUUUUACUUACACAGAUGACACCGAUCGUCAACUCAUUGAGCUAGCUCUUCAGAUUGUUGGCUUGAAGAUGAACGGUAAGUUGGAGGAUGCAAAGAACAUUGCCAAAAGAAUUGUCGGGCUGGAUAAGAACACCGAUGGUUCAAAUCAAGGCCUGCCUCAACAAGCAAAUGGAGGUAGUCACAACGCAAGUCCAAUGGACCAACAAGAACACCAAAUGUGGUACGACAAUGCUCACCGUGCAGUUCAGACGCUAACCCGCUCAGAUCUCUCAACUGAGGAGAUUUUGAUCAACUUCAUGUCCCUCGUUGACUUGCCAAAUUGUCCAAUUAUCAUCCCUAACUGGAACUUGGCCAAUCUGCAAGGACAAACCUUGGCUCAUCUUGCAUGUCUCAAAAAUUACUCGAAGUUAGUGAGAUUUUUGAUAAGCCAUGGCACAAAACUUAAUGUGAAGGAUAACCUUGGCCUCACCCCAUUCUUUAUGGCGCUGACCGGUGGAUACAGAAGUUUGAUGGAAUUAUUGCUCGCCUACAGACCAACUUGGAACCUCAAAUUGUCAAAUGACAAGUACUUGAAGGACUAUUGUGACAUGAACGUGUUAGAUAUCUUCGAAAGACUUGAAGCAGGCGAUAACGGAGGUGCUGGCGCUCGUUCCGCUUCGAGUGCUGCUGCUGCUGACAGACGCAACAGUGGAUCUCAACACCAAUACUCUUCUUCAAAUGGUUCACAGCGCCGUCGGAAGUCGAGUUCCGUCGACGAACCACUCAACCGUUCGCUCAGUCUUGAUUCUUUGAACUCUAUCAAUAUGAACAGCUAUGGACGUCAUGUUUCACGGAUGAUUACUGAAUCUGUCAGUGAGGAGAAAGGCGGCGACUCGUUCAUGGCUCAUAAUGAGAGUGCUGUUGAUGAUUACGACUCUGGAAUCCAUUCAGGCCCCGCUCAAUUGAACUCUGCGUCGUCUUUCGGAAACGAGUCUGACUUUGCUGACUCAGAACUAGACUCAGAUGAUGACUUGUACAUACACCACUCAGAGUCUGACUACGAAGAUUACGACUACGAAGAUGAUAUUGACACCAGCGAUGAUGGCGAAGAGAGCGCUGAGCGUGCUCAAAAUCCGGAGUUUAAGAAUUUGACGGAUGCGCAAGGCUUGGCUACUCUGAGCGCGGAGGAUAGCGACAUCACUGACGGUUCUCCCCGUUCCAAACUCAAGAAAAGAGGGUUCUGGAACAAAAUGAAGCGUACAAUCUUCUCAUUAGCGCCAGACGAGACGACAAACUUGCCAUCCUACGACGAUUUGUUCCCCGGUGGUAGUGGAGAGAUGAGACCAAAGCUGGAAAUGGAGCGGGCUCUUAAUCAAGCAUCUUCGGCUCAAGAAUUGAGUGCUUCGCCUUCUAGCCAAAUGGCAAUGAAGGUCGAUGACGACGCAGGAAUCGCUCUGGAUCUGUCAGAGGACAUAGCGCUUUCCUACAUCAACCGCCCUCGCACUACAGUGCGUAAUGACAAAAUGUUGCUCUUCUUCUGGAUCCCGGUCUUAAUUCUUAUCAGCAGUCUUUUCAUCUAUGUUUCCAUUACUGGAUAUAAAGUUCAAGUCAUUGAACACUUCAAAGAGAAAGCAAGAAACACCUUGGGUAAUGUCAUGGUUGGAAAUGAGCGUCUCGCGCGUGUUUUCCGCAAAAACCAAAUUGGGCAGCUAAUAUAA